AUGCAUCCUCUCUUCCAGCCUCCCGACGACACCAUUCUCUCCUCCCUACUGGAUGCCUUUCCCUGCCGAGAACCCCAGAUCCGAUCCCUCACAAACCUCCUUGCUUCCAGUACCGCACCAUGUCGCAACAUCGUCCUCCACGGAACAGAGGCUACGGGCAAGUCGGCCAUUGUCGAAGCGCUGCUGCGUCAAUUGGCCUCGCCCCACGCUGGCAGCGACCGGCGCAGCAUCGGCGACAACUACGCCAUCAUGAACUCUAUACAAUGCAUCACGGCGAGGCACCUCUUCGAAAGAACACUCAAUGCCGUUGUCGACGCCAUCGGAUGGCAUACGCGGCCCAGAGCCUGCGAAACCACAGCCCAACUCGCCGUUGAGCUCUCCAAGAUGCUGAAGGGCGCCGAAUCCCAACCACCACAUUCGCGCUUCGUCCUCGUCUUCGACUCGGUCGACCGACAAAGAGAGGCGCCGCACACCCUGCUGCCUGCCCUGGCACGGCUGCCCGAGCUGGUCUGUCCUUGA